AUGCGCGGGCUUACAUCUGCCAUCACCGCACUGCUGCUCGCCUCACCAGCACUAGGCGCAAGACUGAACCCACCAAGCAAGGAUGCCAUUUUACUCUCUAAUGUCAACACUCUGACAUUACGUGCAAACCGCAUGACCAGCUCUCGUCGGGUCUCACCCAUCCCGCAGCUUACCUGCGUGGGCCCAUCAAAAAAGAUAUGUGACCUCUACCAGCCAGAAGUAAUGCGCUGUACCAACCAAGGCUAUGACUACGACGAAGAAGAUGUACAGUGGACCUGUGAAGCAUCGCUUCCAUCUGAAUUCAAGCUUGGUGCAACAGAUGUCAUUUGUGAGGGGUAUCGAAAUGCCAACGACAAAUAUGUUCUCAAGGGAAGCUGCGGUGUUGAAUACCGGAUGCUAUUGACGGAGCAGGGUGAAAAGCGAUUCGGACUAUCUGCGAACAAAUCCAUGGCCUCUGAUCAGCCGGUAUGGGAAUGGUGGAUGAGUCUCUUGUUUUUCACAUUCACCUUUGGCGUCUUCGGAGUGAUCAUAUGGCAGUUGUGCUGUGGGCCUGCCUCAACUCGAACACCCAGGGGUCCGCGUCGGACAAGAGGAUGGUUUGGAGGGGGUGGCGGUCCCGGUGGAGGAGGAGGAGGAGGUGGUGGUGGUGGCUAUGAUCCUUACUCGGGACCACCUCCUGCCUACGGUAGCUGGUGGAAUAGUGAUAAGCCUAACGGAGGACGGUCUUCUCAGGGUUGGACCCCUGGGUUCUGGACUGGUGCUCUCGGAGGCGCGGCUGCUGGAUACGGAAUGGGACGACGACGCUCAGGUGGUGGAUCGUCUCAGCGGUCGACUGGGCGGUAUGGUGGGUUCAAUGCGGGCGAAGGAAGUUCGAGGAGUCGCUCACCACCACGGUUCUCAAGCCCAUCCAGCAGUACUGGAUUUGGAUCGACAAAACGCAGAUAG